AUGCGCUUCGACAAAGUUGUUCCCUUCGCCUUCGUGUCUUUUGCGGCUGCGAUGCCCGCAAAGCGUGAGCCUAUUGACGAGCGUGCUCUUCAUAACAUCCUCGGUGAUCUCGAAGCUCGAGGCGAGACUCUCGACUCCCUCGUCAAGCGCAUCGACGCAAAGGUCUAUCGCGACGAGAUUCCUGAUUGCAGCAGUGAAGAUCCCAGCUUCAUGAUUCCCAAGCAGACCGGCUAUGGUGUUGACCAAGGUGUGAAGCUCCCUAAGAGCGGCAAAGAUGACGCAUGUACUACAGGCCACAACAGUGAUCAUUGCUGGACUGAGUACUGGUUCGUCGAGUCUGCUGUCGAGUAUUCUAGCUGGCAAAAUUCUGGAGCGGCAAUUGACUGCAAGUCGACUUCUAUCUGCAACUCCAACGUCGCUCAAAUUAAACAGAGCUGCACUUCCUACACUCAUUCUUCCAGCAACGGUGUUGAUUUCAAGGCCCUGGAUGCAGCCUUGGAAUUCGCUAUUCCGAAUACUGAGGCGAAGGUCUCGUUGGGAUCGAGCAUCAACUAUCAACACACGGACGUGAAUAGUGAUACGACCAUGAUUUGCACCACUGAUUCGACUACCAACACCUGCCAGUGGGAUGAUCAGGACUGCCACCAGGUCUGGUUUGCCGACCGUACAAAGCGAAUUUGGGGCCACAUGGAUCGGGUUUGCGUCGGAAAGACUGAUGUUGAGGUUCAGCAGCAAACCCUCAACGCCAAUGGACGCUAUGUUCGCGGCCAGGCCGAGUUCAGCAUUGCCAUUCCUGUCAACCACAUUGUCGGCUGCAACGCGAAAUGCUCCGACCUGACAUACAGCGAGCCUAUUCCGUCAGAUGGAACUGUCCGCGUACCUUUCGAUAUCACCUUCGACUAG